UUGCGACAGUUGGGCUUGCGGAUACAGCAACAACGAGUUAUUUCCUCUAUCCACCAUGUCGAUCCCUUGGGAACUGUCCUCCACCAACGCACUAUGAUCCAACGGCGGCAGUACAAGGUUUCACGACCAAAUGCUCUGUGGCACAUGGAUGGGCACCAUAAGCUAAUUCGUUGGGGCAUCGUAAUUCAUGGUAUCAUUGAUGGAUAUUGCCGCACAGUA